GUGGCCCGAGGCAGCCGGGAUGACAACUCUCCCCAGGAACCCUGGCACCUGAGAAACAUGAUCAGCAAGUCCCGCUGGAAGCUCCUGGCCAUGCUGGCUCUGUUCCUGGCUGUCAUGGUGUGGUACUCUAUCUCUCGAGAGGACAGGUACAUUGAACUCUUUUAUUUUCCUGUCCCAGGGAAGAAAGAACCAUGCCUCCAGGGUGAGGCGGAGAAGAUGGUCUCCAAGCUCUUUGGCAACUACUCCCGAGAACAGCCUUUCUUCCUGCAGCUUAAAGAUUAUUUCUGGGUCAAGACCCCAUCUCUCUAUGAGCUGCCCUACGGGACCAAGGGGAGUGAAGAUCUGCUCCUCCGGGUGCUAGCCAUCACCAGCUACUCCAUCCCAGAGAGCAUCCAGAGCCUGAAGUGCCGCCGCUGCGUGGUGGUGGGGAACGGGCAUCGGCUGCGCAACAGCUCUCUGGGAGAGGCCAUCAACAAGUACGACGUGGUCAUCAGGUUAAACAGCGCUCCGGUGGCUGGCUACGAGCAGGACGUGGGCUCCAAGACCACCAUGCGUCUCUUCUACCCUGAAUCCGCCCACUUCAACCCCAAAGUGGAGGACAACCCUGACACACUCCUCGUCUUGGUAGCUUUCAAGGCCAUGGACUUCCACUGGAUUGAGAGCAUCCUCAGUGAUAAGAAGCGAGUGCGAAAGGGCUUCUGGAAACAGCCUCCCCUCAUCUGGGACGUCAACCCCAAACAGAUUCGGAUUCUCAACCCCUUCUACAUGGAGAUCGCGGCUGACAAGCUGCUGAGCCUGCCGAUACAACAGCCACACAAGAUUAAGCAGGUUGCAACCUGGAGUGGCAAGAUGCUCUAGCAGAGAGUUGUUCCAAGUGCUUUGGGGUCUUGGAGGAGGGGUGGACCUCUGCUUGGGGCUGUCCGGAGUGGUACCAUCAGAAGAGGUGAGACCAGAGUUGGACCUUAAGGGGUCUUGGGGCCCAGGGAGCAGACACCUGGAGAAAGGUUUCAUUAGGCAAGACCAAGGAGCGCCCCUGGCACUGAGUUCUAGUGCAGGAAGAGGUGGAUGGGGGACAGCAAGGAGGAAUUCUGUGCCCCUGAUGGUGGAGGGUGAAGACUCGAGAGAGAGAGGCCAGAGAUGAGGACUAGAACCUGGCUGCUAGCAGAAGGAAGAAGAAAUGGAUGAACCUGACAUCUGUGUUGGUUUCCUGUCACUGCCUAACAAAUGACCGCAGUUUAGCAGCUUAAAACAACACCCAUAUAUUGACUCAUAGUUCUGGAGGUCAGAUGUCCAAUACAGCAUGGCUGGAUUCUCUGGUUAGAAUAUGCAGGCUGAAAUCAAGUUGGCAGCCUGACUGCAUUCUUGUCUGGAGGCUUAGAGGGGGACAUCCCCUUCCAAGUUCAUUCUUGUUGUUGGAAGAAUUUGGUUCCUUGUGGUUACAGGACUGAAGUCCCCAUUUCCUGGCUGGCUUUCAGCCUAGGGGUGGUACCCUCAGCCUGUUAACAGUGCCCACAUACCUUGCUGUCCGGCCCCCUCUGUCUUUAGGCCAGCAGCGCGUGAUAAAUCCUUCUUGUGUUUCACAUGUCCGACUUCCUCCACUGCUGACCUCUAGACCCAGAUGUUAAAGCUCAUGAGAGGUCAAGCCCACCAGGAUUGUCUAUCUUCCGGUCCUCUGUGCCAUAUGAAGCAAUCUAACACAGCGUAAUAUAUCUCAUCAUUUUCAUAGGUUACACACACUCUCAAGGGCAAAGGUCAUUGGUGGUCAUCUUAGAAUUCUCCUGCUACAGCAUUGAUUUUAAGGUGAAAUUGAGGGAUGUAUGAUCGUUCCAGGUUUCCAGGACAACUGGGUGGAUGGUAAUAUGUUUAACAACAACAUGAAUACAGGGGGAGAGGAGAGCUUGGUGAGUUUAAAAAGUCCACGUCCAGGCAGAGCUGGCUCGAAGGUGAUGAAUGUGUGGUUUGGCAGAGGUCUGAACUGGUUGAGAUAACACAAUGGAGGUAAAAGCAACAGGGUUGAAAUGGAAGGCUGGGGCAGGAAGUGACAGACGAAAGGAUAGGAGAACUCAGAAAGGGGCCUGGGGAACACCUGGCCUUAGGGGGUCAGACAAGAUCGGGGGAGUGGCUUGAAAAUGGGAGUGGGCACUGAAGUGGUCUGGAAGGUAGGUCGUCCCAGCCAAGAAAGAGGAUUUGUGAGGUUAGGCUAUGGGGUGGCACAUCCCGUGAAUGAGUCAGUGGUGGAGAAACUGAGAUCUUCAUAGCAGCCCCUAUGGUGGGGGUGGGAGAGGUCCUGCUGACCCCACUUUACGGAAGGCAGAGCCCACCCUCAUGAGGGUACACAGCUCAGGAGUGUGAGCACCCUGGGGCUUUCGGGAGAGGUAAGGUUCUCCAGGAUGGAGAGCAGAACCUUUCUCCUCCUGGAGGGACUUGUUUAAUAGUUCUAAGCCUCAGUUCCCCAGCUGCAUACAAUGGGGCUAAUAAAAGUAUCAAUCUCAGUGUUUUUGUGAGGACUUGGUGAGAGGUGGUACAGUGGUAAAGAAUCCAUCUGCCAAGGCAGGAAAUGUGGGUUCCAUCCCUGGGUUGGGAAGAUCCC